AUGGCGAUGAAUAAGGGGAAAUCUCUCAUCAGUCUUGCAAACAAGAAGGCUGUGACCAUCCAGCAAGAUGACAUGGAACAAGUUGUUGUCCUCGUCACCACCAAGACCAAGAAGCAGAGUAAGCCAAAGGAUGUCUCUGUCAACAAAUCUAUCCUCGAGAAGGAAUUCCCAAGCAUGUCCAAGGCUGUUGCUAAACAGGUUGAGUUUAAUGAGUUUGGAGGAAGCUCGAUGUUAGCCGCAACUAUUGCUUGGGACAAUGAACUCUCUUGGUCGCUGGAAAAUGCCAUUGAAGCACUUCAGGAGACUAUGCUUCAGGUGUAA